UCACUCCUUUCUCCCCCGCUGAACACAAGCUGACAGUAACAGAGCUGAAAAAAAGCUCUAGAAGCCAUGGCUAUUUCCUUCUCUUCUCACCGAAACUUUCUCACAGGAAACCCUUUCCUUCCUCCAAUACGUCAAACCAACACCAAGAAACCCUUGCAUCUCUUUCUAUCCCCGUAUCGAGCGUCAGCUUCCAUGAACAAAGAAGGCUCGGACUUCCAAUCAAGCCGAUGCGAUAAGUUCCCUAUAGCGAAGCUGGCUGUUGUCGCGGUGGCUGCCGGCGUUUUGGCUUUGGGUGCCGUCGGCGAUGCGGAGGCAGCUAAGAGCGGUGGUAGAAUCGGAGGGAAAGCGUUCCGGUCGGCACCUCCGAGGUCUUCCGGUCCUCGAGUUAACAACAAUUCACGGACCAACAUCUUCAUCAGCCCACCAGUUGCACCACCUUUAGUGGGAGGUUAUGGCUAUGGAUCUCCAUUCUACGGUGGUUGGGGAUGGUCACCAUUCACCUACUUCCUGCCUGGGCCAAGCAUCGCUGUUGGGAUUGGUGGAGGCUUUGAGUUUUUUGUGGCUAUCUUAGCGUUUGGAGCCAUCACUGCUAUAAUCAGGCGAUUUACAGGGCGGAGGGAAGAAGAAGAUGAUGAAGAUUUUUAAUGAUAUAUACAUUUGUUAUGAUACUUUGAAUUAUAUGUUUCUCUAGUGUCUCUUGUUGUACUGAGCACAAAGAAGUUCCAUUUUUGUUUGUAUAGCUAUAAAUGUGAUUAGUCAUGGACUCAUGGGGGGCAUCAUGUACAUUUAAGUGAAACAUUGCAGUGAAUAAAACUUUAGUCCGUUUGAAAUAAAUGGAGCAACAAUUUUCUUUC